UCGUGUUGGGAGCCGACAGGAGGAGGAGGAGGAGGAUGAAGACGGCAGCUGUCUCUCUGUAAUCCGAACCUUAAUCUGGUUUUCUGCUCCGUCACUCAGACUGGAUUCCAGCGCUUCUGGGUUUGACGUGUCCUCAGAUAGAAAUGGUGUAAACCUGCAGAUUUUCUGAGGGUCUCUGAGAACAUCUUCAGUCAGACCUCCACCUGCUGCAGCUUCAUGGAGGACCACUUUCUGCUGGCUCUUAAACUUUAUCUGGCAGCCCAGAGCAUGACGAAACCUCCACCAUGUUUAAUAGUUGGAUGUAAUGCUUCCCUCGCUGACGAUCUCAACUAAAGAGAUGCUGGAGCUCCAGUAUAAAGACCCCCCCUCUCUCUCUCUCUCUCUCUCAGCUCGGUUUUGCUGCAGCUUCUCUGAACUUCUGUCAACAACCAACACGCCGGUUUGAACUUAAAGCUUCUGGAUUUUUCCCUUCAUCAGUUUCUCCAGACAGAACCUCAGGCGCUCCUUCGCUUCCAGUUUCGUCUCCGCAGAGUUUUCAGCCACUUGCUUCUCCUCUGGACCUCCACCGGACCUCCGUGCUCCUCCUCGGCCAUGGGCUCCGUGCUGCCCGCCGGCUCUUCUCUGGCCCUGAAGCCGGCCUUCAAGCCGCAGCAGCCGCAGCAGCUGCUCUCCCUGGCGGACAUCAUCACGUCGGACAUCCUUCACAGCUUCCUGUACGGCCGCUGGAGGCACGUGCUGGGCGAGCAGCAGCCUCACGUGCACCAGCAUCACCUGCAGCACGAGGAGCGAACCGGACCGAGCGCGAGCCUCAAGACCGCCUUCACGGCCGAGGUGCUCGCGCAGUCCUUCUCUGGAGAAGUGCAGAAGCUGUCCAGUCUGGUUCUACCCAGUGAGGUGAUCAUCGCCCAGAGCUCGGUACCAGGAGAAGGUCUCGGGAUUUUCUCUAAAACUUGGAUCAAGGCAGGAACCGAGAUGGGCCCGUUCACCGGACGCCUGGUUGCUCCUGAGCACGUCGACCUGUACAAGAACAACAACCUGAUGUGGGAGGUGUUCAACGAGGACGGGACGGUCCGGUACUUCAUCGAUGCAAGUCAGGAGGACCAGAGGAGCUGGAUGACGUACAUCAAGUGUGCGCGAAAUGAGCAGGAGCAGAACCUGGAGGUGGUCCAGAUCGGCAGCAGCAUCUUCUACAAGGCGGUGGAGACAAUCCCUCCAGACCAGGAGCUGCUGGUCUGGUAUGGAAACUCCCACAACACCUUCCUGGGAAUUCCUGGAAUCCCAGGAGCUGAUGAGGAGCAGCCAAAGAAGACCAAAGCUGAUGACUUUCACACCUGCGAAGGCUCCUCCUCCUCCUCCUCCUCUUCCUCCUCCUCCUCUUCCAGUCUAGGCCGCAUGCGCUGCGUCAUCUGUCACCGCGGCUUCAACUCCCGCAGCAACUUGCGUUCGCACAUGCGCAUUCACACGCUGGACAAGCCGUUCGUCUGCCGCUUCUGCAACCGCCGCUUCAGCCAGUCGUCCACGCUGAGGAACCACGUGCGGCUGCACACCGGGGAACGCCCCUACAAGUGCCACGUCUGCCAAUCAGCGUACUCGCAGCUGGCCGGGCUGCGCGCGCACCAGAAGAGCGCCAGGCACCGGCCCACCGCGGAGGCCGCCGCCCAUGUGGGCGGCGUGGUGGUCGUGGGAGGAGUGCACUCGCCUCCAGCGUCUCACCCUCCACAGCUGACCGCGGUGCCUCACCCCGCCUCGCUGGUUCAUCAUAUUCCCACCAUGGUUCUGUGAUCCGACACAAGUCCUACCCAAUAGAGACACAGUCUAUGUGGUCUGCUGACCAAUCACAGACAAGAGCAGCAGCCGCAAAUGACGUAAGAUUUCUGCACAAACAAUUGACGAACCUGUGUCCAUCAGCCUGAUUCUGUUAAACGAUAAAAACUAAAUGUUGAAGAUUAUUUCUGGACCAUAAACUAACAGGAUAAAUGCAGUCAUGCUGGAUCUCAUUUGGAUCCACAGAGAUUUUUGACCUGGAAUCUCAGAACCAUGACGCAGAUGAAUCAGGUUGAUCGGAAACGGGUUCUAUGCUGCUUUCAGUGUUUUCCUCUGCAGGAUGAGGAGGUUCUGGAUCAUCUAGCUGCACGAUGAUGAACGUUCUCCUGUUGAUGUUGUGUUUCUCUGCAUGCUUCUGGUUCCUGUUAAAGGUUGUGAUGUGUGCUGUAUAAAGACAAGGCCUGCAGUCCGAACCCGGAGGCCUCUUCUACCAGUCAGUCUAAAUGGAACAUCUGCAGAAGGUUUCUGCUGGAUGAAAAGGGGCUGAGGGUUCAGGUGUAGCUCAUAAUAUUACCAGUAAUAAGGGUUCUGGUUGGUCUCCAGGUUUGGGUGGAACAGACUGCUUCUCCUGUUAAAACCUAUAACGUGUUUUGACAUGAUGUUCCUCCAGAGUUUGGUGCAAAGUUCCUGGAUGCUGAUGAGCUUCUAGACGUCAAAGAACAAACCUUGAGUUUGAAGAUGAAAUGUUCUGAAGUUUACUGUCACUUUAUUUGAUUAUAUGUAUGAAACACAUCUGGAUAUAAAAUAUGUCACAACUACUAUAAACCUAUAAAGUAUUAAUAAAGUAUUUCUCCUGUA